AUGGCCAACUAUCUCCCUGUUCUUCUCUACUCUGUUGGCUCCAAUGCUGCUCCCGACGAUUCGUCGCUCUCAACUCUUCCCAGGGGACAAGUUGACUAUCUUACCCAUGACUGGCAGGAGGAGGACGUCUGGCGAUCAUGGCGGAACAUGACCAGGCAGAAAAAUGAGAUUGCGAACGGCGUCCGGCUUGAGAACGCUAGUUGGAGAACUUGGUGGAAACAAAGAAAUAAGUUGAAGACAGUCAGUCCGGAGACACUUAACUGGCUCAAGGAUUCUGACGUAACUUGGCUUUACGGUCCCCUACACACUGCCGUAGAGUGGACACCACCACCGAAACCAAAGCCUGAUGAGACUGAACACAAAACAGCUUCUGCUCAUGACCGCUUUGACCUUUCAGAACCCAAGCACAAAUCUAUACUGAAAUAUAGGAGUAUCAGCGAAAUGCUCACAGGCGAUUUGCCUAGUCCCUUGUUCAGUCCAGCUGAGAGCGACAACGAAUCGGACGGAAACGAGGAAUUGUCUCGGGAAGCUUCCGAUCCCGAUGCGUCAAUUCACCCAACGCGGCCCUCUCUUUCCCAGACAAAAUCUGACACGCAUAUCACGCGAUGGGGACCAAACAGAGCUUUUAGAAAGGACUCUCCUCCCCGCAUUGAGCCCACUGGUGCAGCUAAUGUAGUUCCUACUUCCAACACCAAUGCGUCACAAUCACAUACUUCGCCUCACCACGCCGAACUCUCUUCUUCCAGUUCUUCUCCUAGAGGCGGCUCUGCUGAGGUGACUCCUUCUGGUGGUAUUCAUAGCAAUGGCCACAAAAAGAAGCAUAUCACCUUCAACACGUUUGUCGAACAAUGCAUAGCUAUCGACCAGCCAAAGCCUAAAGAAACGACGUUUGCCGCGAUCCUCGGCGAUGUCGAGGAAGACUGGUAUGCCAAAACUCAUGAUUCUGUCAAAGCAAGUUAUGAUGACGGGUAA